UUUGCAGAUCUGUUGAAGAUGAUCAAUCCUAUCAAUAAGACAACCAUCCAAGAUUGAAUCAUUAGAACCAAUAAACAAUCUUGUCUCAAUUCUAUUUGGGGACCACUUAAUUUGUAUCUUGCAAAAAAUUCAAGGCAAAUCCUAGCUAUUGUCCAUGUCUUGAUGGGCAUUUACAUGACCCUAGCACUACUUAAGGAGAAGUCUAUUUAUAUUUAUCAUGUCAAGUUUGUAAGUCAAACAAGAAAGAAGAAACAAUUGGCUAUAAAGGGCAUCUUCAGAGAAGAGGAAGAAACAAAUCCCAUUAAACUUCAACUUUAAUGGAAGGAAUCUACUCAUAACUUGUAUAUAGUUUGCUGAACAAGGUGAAGAGUAUUUUGUAGGUACAAAUGGACACAAAGGCUGAAAAUGGAGUCAUGCAGGAACACCAAGAGUUGGGCUGGGGAAAAUCCUUACCUGUACCUAGUGUCCAGGAGAUAGUGAAGAAUGACUCUCAGUCUGUUCCUGAAAGAUACAUACAAGAGCACAAGAACAGACCACUGGGUUCUGAUUCCUGUCCCGUUUCUUCUCAAAUCCCAAUCAUAGAUUUGCACUUGCUGGCAUGCGGAGAUGAAGAUGAACGAACAAAGUUGAAUUUUGCUUGCAAGGAAUGGGGUUUCUUUCAGGUAAUAAACCAUGGGGUGGCUGAGGAGGUUUUGCAGAAAAUGAAGACUGCUGUAGCAGCCUUUUUUGAGCUCCCUUUGGAGGAGAAAAAGAAAUAUUCUAUGGCAGAAAAUGAUCUUCAAGGAUAUGGCCAAGGAUAUGUAGUUUCAGAUCAGCAAAAACUUGAUUGGGGUGACCUGAUUUUCCUAUUGACGCUACCAAACAAGUAUAAGAAGAUGAAGUAUUGGCCAGUCACAGUAACAGGUUUCAAGGAAGGCAUUGAAGAGUAUGCAACUGAGAUGCACAAGGUGACAGAGGAGAUCUUGGGUAAUUUGUCAUUGUUAAUGGGCAUGGACAAAGACGGUCUGAGACUGUUGCAUGCAGAGAUGAAGCAAGCAAUGAGACUGAACUACUACCCAACUUGUUCCAGGCCUGAUCUGGUCCUUGGGGUCAGCCCACAUUCCGAUGCGAGUUCAAUCACCGUACUUCUGCAAGAUGACGAGAUCACCGGCCUCCAAAUCAGACACAAGGGAGGAUGGGUUCCAGUAAAACCAAUUCCUAACGCACUAGUCGUAAACAUCGGCGAUGCUAUUGAGGCUUGGAAUAACGGGAUGUACAAAAGCAUUGAACACAGAGCUGUCACUAAUGAGAAGAGAGCGAGAAUGUCUAUUGCAACUUUUUUGAUUCCGGAAGAUGAUGUGGAAAUUGGUCCGGUUGAUUCAGUUGUGGGCACCUAUCAUCAACCAGUAAUGUACAAAAAGAUCAAGUAUGUUGACUACCUUCGAUACACUUUGUCAAGGGAAAUGGAUGGAAAGGCUCACACAGAAUUUCUCAAGUUAGAAAAUGAGUAAUAAUCACCCCUGUAUUUCACAUCUUGUACAAUAAGACGAACCAUGCACCCGUGCUAUCUAAGAAAAUGCAACUAGAUGAGAACAUGCUGCAUGCAUUUAUAUUAUCUAUGGGAUUCAAGUUUUGAUAUGAUUUAAGUUAUCAUUGAAUCACAUUCUUCAAGCCAGUUUUUGAGGACUUCAAUCCUAAGGGUCGAGAUAAAAGCACCCAUUUCAAGAUUAACAUGACACUAAGGCCAUGUUUGGUAUGAGAAAAUGGAGGGUAAGGAUGGACAUCUCAUCCAUUCCUA